AUGACCAUUAGUGAUGGAAACCUGAUCAUUAGUAAUUUCAUCGUCAGAGACGCAGGAUCAUACAGAGUUCUGGACUCUGAUGAAGAACCUUUGAUCACAGUGACAGUCACAGAAACAAAGGAAAAACUGGACGACACUGAUAAAGACAAAACUGAUGCCACUAAAUAUCGUAGCUACUGGAUUGUGCUGACUCUGGUUCUGCUGGUUCUGAUUGUGACCGCUGUCACGUUACUCGGCGUCUGCACAGACUUCACCCGCAGGGUGUCACUUGAGGAGGAAAGAGGGACUGAGUACAGGAGACCAGAAGCAUUGAGGGCCCGUACUGGCGUUCAGAUGCUUGAAUCUUCUUCUGCUGCUGUUUUGCUUCAUCUAUCAGAACGGAACCCGCCUGUAGGAACCAGAACUAUACCGGUGUCAGGAAAAAAGGAGAAAACAUCACACUGCCAUAAACUGUGGCGUCGUCUUCAGGAUCUGAGCUUCAGUGAUGCUGGGAAAUACAUUUUGCACAUCUAUUACAAUAAUGAUCAGACAGAGCUGAAGCAACAAAUCAGGACGUACCAACUUCAUAUUCAUGAUGAGAUCUCUGUGAAAGCCGGUGAGGAGCACAAGUUGGAUGUUCUUUCCAAUGCUAAUCAAGUAGUGCACUGCAAAAACAGAACGAGUUGGAGGGAGGUUUGGAGCCGAAGCAGCGGAGCUCAGAGUGACCUGCUGACCGACACUGAUGGGUCUCUGACCAUUAAAGAGUUUACAGCCAAUGAUGCAGGAACAUACAGAGUUCUGGACCAUGAAGGAGAAAUCUUGAUCACAGUAACAAUCACAGAGUCAGGCACAGAAUCAAAGGGACAACGCUACAACACAGAUGAUGACAAAACUGAUAACACAAGACAACACACUGUUGGGUUUUGCGUUACGAUUGUUGGAUUGACUAUAGUUCUGCUGGUUCUGGCUUGGAUUAUGCUUCCUGUCAUCAAGAAGCAGUUUCUGAACAACAGAGUUUCAUACUAAGGGACCCAAAUUGCAAGAGGGCCCUGAACCCAGAGAAGCCACUGGUUACUUUUAGUAUGCCUUCAGAACCAACAGGAUCCUAUCAACAUAUUUCUGCAGCAUAUGUUUGAUUUACAAAACAUGUGAGCAUUUGCACUGCACCCGUGCAC